CAGUUGUGUCAUCUGAAAACAAUUUGCUUUUAACUUCAACAGUUUUUUGUUUAUGAUUUUCUUUAAUCAAACUCUAAACAUAAAAUAACUAAAGUUUAUUUCUCAAAACAUUCGCAAAUUCCACACCUCAGCGCUUGUUCACUUUUCCCCAAAAACAAUGGACAAAGUUGAACCAGAGAAAAAACGCUGUAAACUCGAUCCCAAACCCUUGCGCAAGUUCAAGAAAAUUCCAAUUUUCGUCGUUGACUACCACAACGAUGUGCUUGAAUUCAUCUAUCGAUGCUUCGGGUCCCGCCACCUACCUCUGACCAAUAAUACCCUGGUACAUUUUGAUUCCCAUCCAGACAUGGUCAUCUCGAAGAACAUCCCAGCGUCGUGUGUUGAGAAUAAGGAUUUCUUGCUAAAUGAACUCAGUAUAGAGAAUUGGAUUAUGCCAACCCUUUAUGCUGGACAAUUCAAUCACUUGGUGUGGCUUAAGAAUUCCUGGUGUACACAGAUUCCAGUGGGGAAGUAUGAUUUCCGAAUUGGCGAGCACCAAGAUACGAUGUAUGUUGAUUUGCCAGUGGAUUACUUUGCUUCAGAGGGAAACUACAGCGAGAAACAACAUCUAGAACGCCCAAAAACGGUUAAAUUCGAAGUUUACAAUGUUGAUGAACAAGUGGAUCCAAUCGACCUGGAAAGGUAUGUCUUGGACAUUGAUUUAGACUUCUUCAGUACGAAGAAUCCCUUUCUUGAUGUCUACAAAAAGGCCAAUUGCUACGAACAACUGAAGACAAUCUUCAACUACGACCGAACAAAGAUGUCCUUGGAUUCAUCGAAAGCACGAUGUCGUCAACUAGAUGAUCUCAAGGCUGCCUUUGAGUAUAUCGAUGAACACAAGUCAUUGGAUUCAUAUGAAAACAACGACAUAGCAGAAGAUACCUUCAAGGCUCUCAAAGAGCUAGUCGCCACCAUGGCAGAGCACUAUACACCCGAUGAAGUUGAAUGGUCACUUGUCUUUGAUGCUGGCUGUACAGCUGAUAAUGAUGGUCUACCCCAUCAUGUGUCAACUGAUGACGAACUAAACGAACAUUAUAGACGUUUCAGGGAAUUUCUUAUUGGUCUUCCCUGUCCACCGGUAAUUGUGACAAUUUCACGUUCUUCCGAAGAUGACUAUUGCCCGGUUAAUCAAGUCACUGCCAUUCAGUGUCAUGUUAUUGAGAUUUUAGUCGAUGUUUUCGAGGAUAAAAUCCAUUCGAAAGCGAUUAUGCAUUAUUUGAAUGAAGAAUGGGAUGUUAUGGAUCUGUAGAGAAACGACCAAGAGAGCCAAGAGCGCAAUUAUGUGUAUAACUGAAUGUGUCGUGUGUUUUUGGAAGUGUUUUUAUUUUAUUUUUUAAUAUGAAUUCAUUAUUUAAUGUGAGAGGAAACAAAAAAAAAAUGAAUAAAAACAAGCAGUAAAUUCUGUUAAUAUGAAA